AUGUCGUUUCGCAAGCGCAAUGUAGGCCUCAGCGGCUCUGCGCGGUCGGACGGAACGUCUCAGCCGAACCCCAAGGAGCCAGUGCGCCUCCCGGGAGUACGACCGUCGCCGCUCGACGGGCGACCGACCACAUCUACUGGCACAGCGAGCCUUGAUGCCUUGCUCGCCGGACACUCUGGCCUCGCGCUUGGCUGCUCGAUACUCAUCGAGGAGAGCGGAACCACAGACUACGCCGGUGCUCUGCUCCGGUUCUCCGCUGCUGAGGGGCUACUGCAGGGCCAUCAUGUCCAUGUCGUUGGGAUGACAGAACACUGGGGACGCGAACUCCCCGGAGCCGGCGGAGAGUCCGAAAUGAAAGAAAAGCCGGCCGCGAGCAUGGAGAAGAUGAAGAUUGCUUGGAGAUACGAGAGUCUGGGCCAAUUCGGCGCCAGCACAAACACAAGAGAACGCCCACAGGCAAUCUCCACCCAGCCAGCGUCAAGCAACGAGCCAGGACAGAACCCGCCAGCGGCGUUUUGCCAUACGUUCGAUCUUACAAAGAGAUUGGUCCACCCAGCAUCUUCGAGAAUGGACUUCAUCCAGCUGGGAAUGAACCCAACGCAAUCCCCGUUCGCGCCGGUGCUCGAGCACCUGAAGAACUCUCUAUCCAAGUCCGCGCCCAAUACAGUACACCGGGUGGUCAUCCCAUCCAUGUUGUCUCCAGCUCUCUAUCCGCCACACUCCAGCCAGCCACAAUGUGUCCUGCAGUUCUUGCACGGAUUGCGCGCUAUUUUCGCCGCGUAUCCGAACCGAGUGACAGCGAUCAUGUCGCUUCCUCUCUCUCUAUACCCUCGGUCGUCUGGACUUGUCCGGUGGAUGGAGUUGCUCAACGAUGGUGUCUUCGAGCUUGCCCCAUUCCCACAUUCGGCGGAUGGAGACGCACAAGUCUCUCGCGGCCCAGCUGGAACGGCAGAAGAACCGCCCCAGGGACUACUUCAGGUCCAUCGGUUGCCCAUCUUGCAAGAUCGCGGGAUUGGGACCGGUACUUCAGAGAACGAUUGGACCUUCACUCUAAGCCGGAGGAAGUUCACCAUCAAGCCCUUUAAUCUUCCACCAAUCGAGGGCGACACCGAAGCCCAGCAAUCAUCAGGCGCUGAGCAGAAGGCGAAGAAAUCAGAUCUGGAAUUCUGA